AUGACGAGCUACCUGACUAUCAAGAUCAAGGAGCGAUCGAUCGCAGCCCCGCCCGACCCCAUCGCUCCGAGCGAUAUCGGAUACGAAUUUGACAUUCUUGGGCCUCCACGCCCGGCGGCCACAGUCCAAGCUGCGCCGACCGCGGCGUUGAGCGGCGAUGACGUCUAUGGCAUUCGCUGCCCCGCGUUCAAGUGCACCCACGUGCUGGGCUAUUGGGACAUUCAGCACUGCGUCAGCGCGGAGCUGCUCAACGAGUUCGACACCUUCAUUCUCAACAAGGCGCUCGACCACAUACCCAACAUGACGUGGUGUCCGAAGGGCUGUGGCGGCGGAGUCGAGGCCAACGAUGCCGAUGCCAAGUUCAUUCAAUGCGUCAACCCGCUUUGCCGCUUCACCUUUUGCAAGACUUGUCGCUCCGUGCGGCCACAAGCCAAAGAUCACCUGUGA